AUGCUUGGUGAUGGAUCUGGAGAUGAGUCGAAACAUCUUAAUACUGUUCAAACGAUUGGUGAAAGAACUAGUCGUCGGAAUGCUUUUGAAAGACUUGGAAAAGUUGUUGGACGUGUUGGCCAAAAUAACCAUAAUGGUUCACGUGUUGGUGGCGCAGGCGGUCAAGCCAAUGUUGGACUUUUGGGAGAUGCUAAUGUUGGAAAUCAACGAUAUUCGACUUCCACAGAGAGAAGAAGUUUAAUGAGUUUCCCUCCUAUGACGCCAUUACUUAAUGCUAGUGGUUCAAGUUUGUCUUCGUCAGGAGCUGCACCGCUGCUGCAAGUAACCGCAGCUGCUGCGGCUAUGGCAGCAGCUGCAGCGAUGGCUGCGAUCAAAUCGUCAGGAACGCAAUCAGUCAAUUCUCAAACCCGUAGUGGAACAUCUAAUCUCAAUCCUACAAUGAGUUCCAGAUUGCCAGUGCAACCUCCCACCCUUCCUAACAUAUUUUCAAAUUAUCCAACUCCCAGUGGUUCUCUAUCACGUCUAAAUGCAUCAAAUUCCUCAAAUACUACUCUGCUACCUUUCCUUCAGCAGCAGCAACUUCGUAUUUCUGGGUCGGCAGCAAGCGCUGCUGCGGGGGCUGCUCUUUCUCAGGCAUUGCAGCAAGCUCGUGGUUUGCCUAAUCCAUGUAUGGUGACGCGGUCUGGGAUGGCAAUCAAUCCUGCAGUAAACAACGUGCCUUUAGAUGCUCGAGCUAAAAGAAGUCGUUCAUGCUCUACCAGCGAUAGCGUAUCUUGCAGUUACGCUCGUGAACGUAAUCCAAGGCACCGAAGAACUGAUGACUAUGCAGUACCGGGGUCCCCGCGAUUUGACUCAAGUCGACGGAACUCAAACUCUCCGAGGUUAGGUGUUGUUGAGCAGUGGACACAAGAAACAGAGAUUUGUGCUAAUUUAUUUGUUGAUUAUUUAUUGACUGUUAACCUAUGGUUUUUAUUAUGCCUUACGUGA